UUGUCAUCUUUUUAAUUAAUUUUUUUUUACUCAUUAAAGAAUUUUCUCAACCCCUCGAUGCUUCCUGUGAUCAUUAUAAUUUUUUCGUCUCUUAUUCUUGUAUUUUCCAUUCUUAGAAGAAAGUCUGUUGGUACGUACAGAAGUAGCGGCUCAAAUUUGGACGUUUACUACGGACUGAAAGAAAACGCAAACAUUACUAUCAGGACGAAGACGCUGCUGGAAGCAGCCAUCGCAAACCUCAAGCAACGCGAGGAUAACUACUCGAAGAAGUACAUCAUACAACAAAUGUACAACCAGAGGCUGUUGAGUCCCAGGAUAUGGGACAACUUAAGGACACUAAUCAAGGACCUAGAGUACGAACAGCUUGUUAUUGAAGCCGAAGCAGAAUUACUUAAGCCGGGAUGGAACAUUUUCAGUGAUGCUAACAAAAUGCUCCCUCACCAGAAGAAGAGAGAAGAAAAAAUGGACAAGGAAAACAGGACCAAGGAAAACUCCUUCUUAUUAAAGAAGAAAGAGACGCUAGAAAAUCAAUUAAUGACGAAACUAACGGCAUUACAGUCAAAAUAA